AUGCUCGAUCCGAUUACGGCGUUGGGCGUGGCGGGGAAUGUGAUCCAAGUCGUCGACUUUGGAUGGAAGGUGUUGUCAAAGUUGAAGGAAAUCACAUCUGAAGGGACAUUGCCUGGCACGGCGCUACUUAAUGAAUCAAACCGAAAUCUUCUUGACCUGACCUCGAGGUUGGAGAGAUGUCCACCGAAGAACAAAAACCAGCAGAUGACGGAAUGGGAGCAAGGUAUUCUGGAUGCCAACCAACACUGUCGAAUAGUGGCAUCAAAGAUUACCGCAUUGCUUCAAAAAAUGGCAAAACUAGGUGAGAAGCGAUUUGGAGCGUUGCGACUGGCUAUAUCCUCCGAGAUCAAAGAGCGGGACAUCCAUUCCCUCCUGGAAGAUCUGGAAAGGGUGAAAUCGAAUUUGAGCCUGAACCUGGUUGCAUAUUUGAGUAUACAGCGUUCGCACGACCUUCAGGAGUUUGUUCAAGUCAACGAGUCCGGGAAGAAGUCGUUUCUGGACUCGGUUCUAAAUGGCUACCACACCUUGACCUCUGAAGUCGAUGAAUUGAAGUCUGUCGUUCGUGAAGAGAGCUCGACAACCCAGCAAGCGAUUCGUGAAUGGCAAUCCCAAUACAAAGCAGCCAUUGAAGCCGCAUCGGAGAACAUCAUGAGGGAUGCAAAAGAGUGUUUGGCUGAUACAGCGGCUCCAAAGAUGCUCGCAAGCCUUUAUUUUGUCCAGCACGAGGAUCGGAGGGCAAUGAUUUCCGAGGCACACAGAACCACCUUUGACUGGAUCUUCGAGGAUGAUUAUGUUUGCAACUCUGACCGUUUGACAUUCAGUGACUGGUUGAAGAAUGAGCAGCCCUCGAAUGGUCUGUUCUUCGUCAAUGGCAAGCCCGGAUCUGGCAAAUCAUGCCUCAUGCGUUAUUUGUCCAAUCAUGCCAAACUGAAGGCCUUGCUCGAGAAAUGGGCUGGGAAUAAAUCUCUUCGUGUGGCCAGUGCGUUCUUCUGGAGAGCAGGGACAAAGCUCCAGAAGUCCGUGGUUGGUAUUCUGCGAACUCUGUUGUACCAGUUUCUCAAGCAAGACUCAUCGCUCCUCCCAAUUGCACAUCCGGAACGCUGGCGCGCAUACUACCUUGGCCAGUCAAAUCUCGAGGAUUGGUCGGUGCAGGAGCUGACGGCUGCAAUUGCACGCCUGUUUGAGACAUGCUCCAGCUCAAUCAGCUUUGCAAUCCUCGUUGACGGACUGGAUGAAUACGAAGGUACCGACGCGCAGCGCCAGGGUCUGGUUGACCUUUUCGUCGGCAUUGCGUCUCGACAUGAUAAUGUGAAAAUUUGCGUCUCGAGCCGACCGUGGACAGUGUUUCAGGAGGGUUUCAGGGACUUUCCAGGUCUUCGUCUGGAAGACUUGACGAGGGACGACGUGUCAACCUACGUGCGAGAUCAUCUCGAGGGGGACAGGAACUUUCGAGUGCUUCGAGUGCUCAAAGAAACACAAUGCAUCAAUCUGCAAGCCCAGAUCGUGGACAAGGCAUCAGGUGUCUUCCUCUGGGUCCAUUUGGUGGUGCGAGACUUGCUGCAAUGCCUUCAAGCAGGGGCGACAAUCCCCAAACUUUUCAAGCGGCUAGAUCGGCUCCCGGCAGAGUUGGACGAUUUCUUCAUGCAGAUCAUUGAGACCAUCAACCCUGUGGACCGAGCAGAGGCCGUCAUGAUCUUUCAACUGGCAGCUACCCUUCCUAGAGUGCACACGACAGCCUUAUAUCUUUCCUACACUCAGGAAGAGCACGAUGACUUUGCCUUUACCCUCGAAGCUGAGGACUUUGCAACAAGAUCCAUGGAGCACAGGAUCUCGUCCACGAAGGACCGUGUCAACGCAAUUUGCAAAGUGUACGACUUCUUUUGCGAAAGCCAGGAGCUACAUGUGCGAAUGCAACAGAUGGGUGCCAAGGAAGUCGACUUCUCACGGUACAUCUGUAACGCGUCGCUGACAGUAUUCCUCGCGCUCUCAGCCAAAGGAGACGGGCGUAUCAUGCCGUCUGAGCACCUUGACCGUAAUGGUGACGACGACGAUGAUGACGGCGGUGACCCACAUGUGGUGCACGCCCUUGAGACCGCCAUUACUUUCCUCCAAUACGCAUCGCAGAACGACCAUGAAUCGGGCUCUUUGCCUUUGUCGUUAAUCUUUCACUUUCGGCAACAACUGAUCAGCAAUUGGGCAUGGAGGAUGCUCCGCGGGUGCGCCAGAAAGAUGCACGCUAUAACGGGGUGCAUCUAUCGCAAAGCCGGUCGGUGUUUCGAAGAAUGGACGGCAGACAAUCUGUCUUUCCUAAAAGUUGCCGUUCAGUAUGACUUGAUACGCUAUACAAAUGCGCAAUUGGGGGAAACUUUGUCGUCUAGCGCAUAUCACCAGACCUUGGACGAGCUCGUUCUUCUGGCUUUGCACCCCUUACCACGAGUACAACAACAGCCUGACGCCAUCCCAUCAUCUAAGAUGUUGGCCAUUUUGCUGGCAUUCGCAGAUCAGCAGCCUCUUGGCAAUAACUCCAGCAUUGAGCACCUGGCACAAUCAUCCAAGGAGGCCGCAUACAUCCUCAAAACGUACAUCACGUCACAGAUCUUGGACACUCCGACUGAGUCCCAGGCCGGCAAUAAGCUAUGGUCCGGGGUACUAGUGAAAUUAGAUGACGCGUGGGCAGAUGUCGCUGCCGUGUUUAUUCAGAACGGCCUUCUUCAAAUCCGGGACAUCAUGCCUUUGGACCGGCAGCCACUACCCCAAGAGGUGCGGCUGUUCCUUGAGCGGCUUUUCUCGCCUCCUCAGGCGGAACGGCUCGAGGACCUCAUUUUCAGGAAAGAGUAUGAUUUUGUGGACGCCGACGAGUCGCAAAAGGCGUAA